AAAUGCAUUGUGGGACAUUCAUAACGAGUGGCCUUUACGAGGACGAAAAACUAGUCAAAUGAGCAUCAGUUAUUCAAAAUCCAGCCGGCGAGGGACUACGCAGGGGACGAGCCGGCGACCUGAGCUCCAUUCCCACAAUUCCCAGCGAUUCCCGGCAGCUGUGGCAUGUUUUUCAUCUCCCCAGCGAGUACAAAGGUCAAGGAAACGCCAUUGGUCCGGAGUUUAAGCGACACGCCGCCGCCACGAGUAUGUGACAGGAAGGUGACGCAGCGUAACGCCCCCCAUUGGCUGAGCAUCCGUGACGUCACAGCACCUGCCUCGUGAUUGGCUGCCUGCCUGCGUCGUCACUGGAGGUGAAGAUGUGAAAGUUACAGGCAGCAGUGAUGGUUCUCCCUCCCUGGUUCUCGCUCCUGUCGGCGGUAUGUCUGGUUCUCUGCGCCGUCAGCGUCUCCGGCAGAACAGUCAUCGGAGUUGUGGUGGACGCAGGAUCUCCCCUGGCGGCGAGAGCAGCAAAGGACCUCCAGGAAAGCGUUCUCUUCCCUCUGAAUCAAGAAAUGUGCCUCAAUAUCACAUUUUUCAAUGGUACUCUGCAGGACUCCCCUCCGACGCCUCCUUCAGCAGAGGCGCUGUCCCUCGCAGCGGCGGGCGGCGGCGCCGUGGCGGGCGUGGUGGUUGUGAUUGGAUGCUGCACCGACGCCUACGUCCCGCGCCUGGCUGAUGAGGUGCCCAUCCUGAGCCUACAGCUGCUCGGGGAGAGGUGUCGCGGGGUUCCCGCCGCCCCGGCAUCAGCGGACCGUCCUCCUAUCAAGAAACUAGAGCAGGGAGGCUUUCCUGUGUGUGCUGGGGGACACAAAGAGGCGAGGCUGGACACUUCCGUCAUCAGGCUGUGGGUGAAAGCAGUCGCCGAGGGGAAGGAACCAAUAAGGACGAGGAGAUACAGGAUCGAUCUGCUGCCAAUACCCUCUUCCUUACCCUCGCCUUCAUCCUCAUCCUCCCCGUCCUCCUCUUCCUCCUCCUCGGUUCCCAGACUUCUCCCCCGUCCUUGGUUUAUCCCCAGCAGUACCUCAGGGAACAGGACGUCGUGGCUUCAAAAGAGGAUGAAGCGUCAGGUCUUGGUCGAGUUGAAGGAGGAGGAGGAGGAAGACCCGAAGUUUUACAACCAGAGGCUUAAAUCGAGGGCGCUUGAUGUGCUGAGCGGAACUGUAAUGACGGUCUCCAUGAAGCACCGGCCGCCCUACGUGUCCCUGGUGAAGAAGGGCAGGACCAUCGCCAAGGCCACGGGUAUCCUGCUGAACGUUCUCGACAGCUUCGCCGCGACCUUCAACUUCUCGUACUUCCUCAAACUGCCUGACGAUGACCAGUGGGGAUCGUUGCAAGAGAACGGUUGGUGGACAGGGAUGGUGGGCGAGGUGCACAGGAAGGAAGUGGAGAUGGCGCUGGGACCCACUUCGAUCACAGAGGCGCGAGAGAAAGCCAUUGACUUCACCGUGCCAUUCGACUAUGAGCCUUGGGACAUUCUCAUUCCAGAGUCCAUUGUCACGGUCGACCUCACGGCUUAUCUCUUCCCCUUCGCCGGCCUGGUGUGGUCUGGAGUGCUGGUAUCUUCACUGGUGGUGGGGAUUCUGACGUGGGUCCUAUCCAGGCUCUGGGGAGACAGGGGCAUCCUGUACCCUGCCAAGAAAUCCUGCAAAACCUAUUCACUUUCCCACUACCUCUUUGACAUUUUUGGGUGUUUGAUUCAGCAGGCUAACAAGCAUCCACAGACAGGACCCAUUAGGAUGCUGGUGGCUUGGUGGUGGGUGUUCUGUGUGGUACUGGUGGCCUCCUACAGCAGCAAACUCAUCUCCUCCCUCACUGUUCGCUUCACGGAGCCACCAGUCAAGUCUCUGAAAGACCUGGUGGAGUCACGCAAGUUACUCUGGACUUACUUGGCCAACUCAGCAAUGGAAGAAGUGUUCAAGUUUUCAGCCCCAAACACACUAUUUGGCAAGGUGGGGCAGCUACACAAGGACAACCCAGGCCUCCUUGUCUACAGCUUUGAGGAAGGUGUGGCAGCUGUGCGAUCCAAGAAGUUUGCCUACUUUGAGGAUAACUCAUGGCUGGAAUUUGCGGUGGCUGAUGACUUGGCACUGCAUGGUGAGUGCCGAAUGACUGUGGUGAGGGACCCCUUCUUCUACACACGUUUUGGCAUCAUCCUGCAGCAAGGCUCUCCUUACAGGGAUGCCUUCAGCUAUGAAAUACUUCAGAUCAUUCAGUCUGGCUUAAUGGAUGCAUGGAAGAAACAAUUUUGGCCCCAGAGUUUCUGCACAGUAAAUCCAUACGCCCAGCAGCCGCUACGCUCCCUCAACCUGAAGGACUUGUUUGGCACCAUGCUGCUCAUGCUGGGUGGCUCAGUCCUCUCCAUCCUUGCUUUUGUGGGGGAGCUGAUCCUCGUCCGCUACCAAAUGUGCAUGCCCUGAUUCCACGAUGCUUGUGUCUCUUACCUCUUGCUACGAUUUAACAUCAUUUUGAGGUCCUUUAUUUGUUGCUGAUAUAUAGAAUAUUAUAUUGAACUUCUCAGUGUUUUUUAGAACCUUUAUGUAUAUGACAGACUGGGGAGGGUGCCUAGUCUGGUUGAUUGCUCUGUUCUGAUAAUUGUUCUUUAUACUGGGUGACAACAGCAGUCUGCACUUCAUGUCCUUGCACUUUUUUUGGUCAUCUUAUUUUCUCUCUUUCCUUCUUGGAUUUUAACAAUACGAGUAUAUGCCAGUGCAACACUCACACAGCUCUGAGCACUCCUCACAACUGGACUUACCACAGUUGAGCUGAGCUUGGUGCCAGUCACCACUCGUCCACAGACACACAGCUGUCUCCAAUGAAGGAAAUCAGUGCCACACCAGUGAGAUGCCAUCACUAUUUGGAGGAUAGCAAGAAUGGACAUGAGUGAAUGGGUCCCCAGCACUGGCCUUGGACAGACUCUACAAGAUAGUGAAAGAAUGCAAAGAUGGCAUAUGAUAUGUUAGAGGAUGCCAAAUACAACUUUUAGAAGAUAAUACCCACAACCAUUGUACAAAGCCAUGGUUUCUCAAUCUUAUGUGAAGUAUGAAUAAAUACAUGUUCAGAGA